AGCUCUUGGCCGGGCUCACCCUCCACCAUCUCUCAGAGCAGCUGGGGAGGACUGGGAUUGGGGAUAUUUUUUUAUGUUCAAACAAGGAGAAACUCUCUUGCUACAGUCCCCUCCUGCCCUCUAGUAUGGCCCUUCUCCUUCCAGGUAAAAGCAAACUCAACCAAGACAAUAAAGCCCCCGGUGCUCAGGCAGGUGUUUUUUUGUUGUGUGCUUUUUUAGUUAGUUUGUUUGUUUUCUCUGAUGGUCCAUGAGGCCCUAAUCUCUUCCCUGUCCCUUUUUCCCUACCCUGUCCCCAGCCAGCUCCCCAGGGGCAGCAGGCAAACCUGCAGCACUAAUGAGAGCAAGCCAGGCAGUGCCAUCCUAUGCAAGCCUCUGUCUGCUCUGCCUGUGUGCAUCUGCGAGAGCGCGCGCUCCCGCUCGCCCUUCUCUCCCUUCCCUCUCUUUUGUAACCCCCCUCCUUCCACCAGCCCUUGUUCUUUCCACGAGAUGCAGGGCUAGGGAGCCAGGAAAAGUGGCACAGUGCUGCUGCUCCUCCAGAGAUAACCGUGGCUGGGUCCUUCACCCUCCCCGAUGCACCGGGAGCCUGCAGACACUGUUCCUCAGGGUCCCAACCGGCCGUGUCCAUCAAGCACCAAAAGCCACGUAGCCACCACCCUGCUGCCAGCUGCAACACAGACCGCUCUGCUCUCUCCCCAGAGCCUCUCUGACCGCACUCUCAGCGCAGACCCGCCGCCGGAGAGGGCAGGGGAAAGGCAGAACAGAGGGAUGAGGACUCGCCUGGGCUGCCUGGCUCACAAAUCAGACUCAUAUAAUGAUUUCACAGCUAUUCUUCCGGACAAGCCCAACCGGGCUUUGAAGAGACUGUCAACAGAAGAAGCAACAAGAUGGGCAGACUCUUUUGAUGUCCUUUUGUCCCAUAAAUAUGGGCUGGCCGCUUUCCGUGCUUUCCUGAAGACAGAGUUCAGCGAGGAGAACCUGGAGUUCUGGCUGGCCUGUGAGGACUUCAAGAAGACCCGCUCGACAGCCAAGCUGGCCUCCAAGGCUCAGAGGAUCUUUGAUGAGUUCAUCGACGUGCAGGCUCCUCGAGAGGUGAACAUAGACUUCCAGACACGGGAGCUGACAAGAAGAAAUAUGCAGGAGCCCUCCCUCUCUUGCUUUGACCAAGCUCAGGGGAAGGUGCACAGCCUGAUGGAGAAAGACUCUUACCCCAGGUUCCUGAGGUCCAAGAUUUACACAGACCUGCUGUCUCAAACCCAGAGGAGGCUCAGCUAGAGCAGCAGUGGGGCCAUCAGAAACCACACGCUUUCCUCAACAGCCAAACCUCAUGUCUAAAUGUGAAACUUUGUUGGUGUUAAAAGUGGUGGGAAUGAGAAAAGAGGUAGAAGGGGAAGAGGAGGCUUCCAGAGAGUGACCCGGAUGUGGCAUUAGGACUCUGUGAGUUUCUGUGCUUUCUUCAGUUAACAGUAGCAUCUUGCAGUUGUUGCCUCUCUCUAGCACAAACCCAUAACCCUCUCUAGUCACGGGGACAUCUCGUGGGCAGGCAGGUUUCCUCUAAAAUUGCUAUGUUGGUUUGUGUGUAAAUAACAUCACUGCACCUUUCCAUCCUUCCAGACGUCUCCUUGGCUCUCACCUCUCCCCUGUGUUUGGAGGGGCCCUAAGGGGCAGUUCUGAAACCUGUGAAGCCAAGUCCAGUCCGAAGCAUUGUCUCCCACACUGGCUGCUGGGGUCUGGAUCCAGAGACCUAGAGGAGGGAGAGAGAAGGAAAAGCCCCAUGAUUCAUGCUUCUUCCUGGAGCUGAAACCAUCAGUGAACUCAGCUCACCUUUCCAUUUCAGUUGUACACCUUAUGACACCAGCCCCUCCACACCUCUGACGUGCUUAUCUUCCAGGCAUGGAGACUAAGUGUUGUUUUCCAUACGAAUGUCAAGGAGCUGAGUUUUUCUCAUGAGGAAGGUAAUCCCAAAAGCUCUUGCUGGACCUUGUCAGGCAAGUCUUCUAGUGAGAAUGGGUGUUUUUCAUUAAUACUAUUUAUUUGUACUGUAGUUCAGUCUCAGGAUCCCAGUCAUCAUUCAGGCUUCCUUGUGCUCAGCACUGCACCAAAACCUAACACAAAGAGGCUCUUGGCAGCCAGAGUUAUUAACAGGCUUGGUGGCUUCUAGGGAAUGACCUGCCAACUGUCAGGAAAGAACAGAAAGAAGGAAUAUCCCAUCUGCCCCAUGCUGAGAGGUAAGAAGAGCACAAGACCUGCCUGCUAUGGCAGGUAGUGUUUUUCAUGUCCUACCUGACCAGGGCAAGGCAGGGAGGGACAACAUGAAAAAUCACAAUUACAGGUUUGUUAUUAACUGAUUUGUCGACUGUUGCUGUUACCUACCGAUUGUCCACUGUGGGUCUGAUGCCAUGGGAAGAGCUACUGAGGACACAGCCCUUGCUGCAUGGUGCUUGCUUAAAAAUAGGACCCUGGGGAGCAUGCAGGGAGCAGGAGGAGCGUCCGGGCAUGAACUGGUGUCUGGAGUGUCCUUUGGCCCUGUUCCCAUAGCCUGGGUAGGCAGCUGCAGGAGAAGACUCUCUGCAAAUGUCACUUGUGUAGCAGCACCUCCUCCGUGCUGUGCAGUAGUACUGAACAUCUGCAGCCCCUGUUUCUAUGGCAUUCCAGCUUAUCAGCUGUCAGAUUCCUGCAAUAUUUUCCAGUGGAGAAGCAGACAGCCUGUCCGUGGAUUUGAGCCUACAGACCAGAGGUCUAUUUUCCUGGUUUUAUGAAGGCCUCAAAAAUGACCCUACGGAUUUUUUUUUUCCCUUCCCUCACCCUCAGAGCAGAGGCUGUAAAACCCUGCCCUAGCUUAGGGUGGUGGGUAGGUUUGAUACGUCAGAAAGCUGGUGGUAAUUAUUUAGUGUAAUGUGGUGUAAAGCAGGUACCCUGAACUCUAAAGCUGUGUAAGGAUGCUGUGCAGGACAUCAGACAAGUAACUUUAGGAUCAAAAUAGGGAUGGUGAGCAUGUUUGGUUUAUUCUGGAGGUGUGUUGCUGUGGUCUCUGAGACUCUGAAGUCUAAGUAUGGUGCAAAUACAAAAUGUAUGUUCAGUAGGAAAACUUGUUGCACCUGCUUGUUGGGCUCUAGAAUUCUCCAGUUCUUUUGUAGGGCAAGGUCAGCGAAAGGUGUGCACUAGCAAGUGUCUCAGAUUCACCCAGGGGAUUUACACCAUGUGGUGGUUCAACCAUGGGCCCGUGGCUUUAUGGCAAAGAAGGUCUAGUGGGGCAGGUCGCUGGGGAAACUUGUGCAGUGCUCUGGAAGGAGUCAAAGACAGAAGCAAAGGAGAGAGUCAUGCAUCCAGUGGCUGUCCCUGGUGGUAUCUGGGCUACAUCGAGUGGAACAGAGUUCCAUCACCUCUAUGGCCCCCUCCUGCAAUAGGUGAAAGGGAAGGAGGAGGGCAAAUCACCCCAUGUUGCUGUGAGACGCUCUCAACGCUCGCCCUGUGAGGGAGGAUGCGCAGCCACUGCCUGUGAGGAGGGGCUGGGAGAACUUUUCCUUCCCAAGAAACACGAUGUCUGCUACACCUGCAUAACACUGGAUGGACGACUGGGAUCUCUCAGGGGCACCAUUUGCUUUGGCUGAAAUAGUUCCCCUUGAGAUGAUGGCCCGUGGUGCCAGUUGUUCCCAGUGUCACUGCAACUGCAAAACGGCAGAGGGACCAGUGAUCCAGCUGCUGCAGCCUGACAGCUCAGCUUCCCAGCACAGCUUGGCCAUGGAGUCAAACAAGCCGUGUUUCAAGAGGUGCAGGGAGGUCACCUUGUCCUGUCCUGCCUUCCUCUGCUUCAGCCUCCCCUCGACUGCCCAUCCCAGUGCUGCUCUGGAUACCAGAAACAGCAGCAGGUGGCUUAUGCAGUCACUGCUUUUAAAGAGAAGACAGAAGGCCAUGUUAACUGCCUUGGGGUAUUUCUCCUAAAGCCACCAGCACACUUUUGGGAGCGGGCUGGGGUGGUGCUGAGCUCUGGUGCCAGCUGAUGCAUCCCAGUCAAGGCUUUUCAGCAGGCACCCGUGGCUGGAAGGGUCACAGAGACAACCAGAUGACGAAGAAACAGCAGAACUAAGAUGUUUUUGUCAAGGAACAGAAAUUGAGAAGUGAGGAGACUUCCUAAGCUUCCCUGGUGGCUACAAAGGCCGGUCCUGUCCUGAAUGUGACUCCAGAAAGCCCAGGAUUGCACAUCUCCCAGCAAACUCCUCCAGCAUCAGUGCUGGCAUCCUUUCAGUUCAUGCCAAGUCACAGGGACAAACUUCCAGCCCUCUGCAGAAACCAAGCUUCCCUCUCUCCUCCAUCAGCCUGGGGAACAGCUUUGAGCAGGCACACUCAGAGAUGGAAUUGCUGCACUGGUGACAGGAACUGUGUUCAUGCAGGCUGAUGCAGGACAAGUGCUUUGCCCAUUAAAUUGGGGCCAGAUACUGUCCUCCACGGGAAACAUCCUCAAGCACAGAGUGGAGAAAAAGUAUUGUCUGAGGCAUGUGAGUCUAUCACAGUUACUUUUUGUUGCUGCUCUUACAGUUUGCCCCCCUUGCAGGAGAGCAGACUAGGGAUUUGAAGUCAUGUUUAUUUUUUUUGAAACAAGAAAUUGGCACCAGCUGCUUCUUUCAUGCUGAAUGUCAGUCUUGAAGUGAAUUAAAAUAGGUGGUUUCUAGCUCUUCCCUUUAAACCACGGGCUGAUUAAGGAAAUAAUGACUGAGCCAAAGCUUUGGAAAGCACUGGGUGAUGAUGACUAAUUCCUAUCAAGGACAAGUAUCCUAUCCUUCAUUCAUCUCUUCCUGAUGUGAAAGGGGUACUCACAACUUACAAACCCCAUUUCCCCUCUCCAUGGGCACACACCUUCCAAAUUUUCCUCCUGUUUCAAGCAGUGUCAGAGCGACGUCACAUGAAGAGAGGGGGGGGGAAAAAUUGUUUUGCUCAGCUUUUUUGUUCUGUGCUUGCUGCCACGUAUCCUGUCAGCUCCCAAGCCCUUUGGCAGCAAAAGGGGAAGAGGAAUUUACAAAUUGCCUUUCCCUUUUCUCUGAGCUUCAGAUGGUAACUCGAGAAGCAGAUGCACCACCCAAAUCUGCUUUGAGUUUCUUUCUCCCGGUUUGGGAUGAUUUCCAUCACUUUUACUGGACUUGUUAAUGUACUGGGGUGUCCCUGCUGUCUUUGGUGGGGAGGUGUGAAGGGCAAAGUCCUUCAAAGGGAGGGAAACAGGGGUGUGUGUCUGAGGGUGUGGGUGGCUUAGAGUGCAUGUGAAUCCAAGUGUAUGUUAAUUAGUGUCUCUCCGACUAGAGAAGCUUUUCUGAGACAUAGAUGUGCAUGUUAAAAUAGGAGAAUUAGGCAUAAAUGGCAUAAAAUGAGUUGUUUUUUUUUUUAGCCAGUGUUGUGUUUGCCUCAUGUGUAAGUUUGACUAGUAGUAAGAGAUGUAAAACUCUGCUAGGCUUCCAGUUACCCAUAAGAGCACAUGUAUCAAACUGAACUGAAUGUUCACUGAUAGACACAAAACCAAAAUGUUUACAGCAUUCAGAGCAAUAGCAAAGCAUACCUCAUGCCAGUCCUGGAGUGCCUCUCCUCCUCAGUGCAAGCUCUCCCCUCCCUAAGGACUUCUUGCUUCUCCCUCCAAACCACUCUCUCUUUCAGUCCUGUCCUUGUGGACUUCCCCCCUCCUCCUCCUCCUCCUCCUUUAGGGUUUCCUUCCUGGUGCACUCCUGUCCAUGCCAACCUUCUUUUCCACCAGCAGCACUGCUUGUCCCCAUAUAUCUGAGCCUUGGUCCCAUGUAACCUCUUCUCAUGCCCUCCAUCCCCAUCUACCGCUCCUCUCUUCUUUGCCUUUUACUUCCCUCUGGUCUUGCCAUCUCUCUCUUAGGUACCUCCUACUGUUUCUUUAAAGCUCCUAGUAGCUAUUUCUUCCCUGUUAUCUAAGGAGAAAAGGCUUCACGUAAUCCCUGCAUUAUCUUUCAUUCCUGGGGCUGUUGCAGUUGUCUUCUUCCUUAGUACCCCGGCAGCAAAACGUUAUAUCCCAGAACUGGAAUUAAAGCACAUUUUGCUGCUAGACUGGAAGGCUUUUCUCCACCCUACAGCCCUUGGGCUUUGCAGAGGCUCACCUUGUCCCCAGCAUUGUGUUGUCUUCCUGCACCCAUGCUCCAUGUGCUGCACUUGUGGCAGGGGCUGGUGAAGUGAGAGGGCAGUGGGGCUGCGGGGAGGGUCACAGCUGUGCUUCCUCUUGGCUUCCUGGAAAAUAUAUAUAUAUAUAUUUAUAUAUAUAUAUAUGGAGUGUAAAUAAAGGUGUGUGUGUUGUAUUUGCUUAUUAAA